AGAAAAAUUUAGUCGACCGAAAUAAACUUAUGCUGAUUCUUUAGAUCACGUGCUUUCGAUUACGUAUCCCGAAAUUCAAAAAGAUUAUUCGAUUGAAAUUACAAUUUAGACGUUUUUCGAAUAGUCAAAAUGCCUAGAAAAGUAAAGAAACCAAAAACGAAACUUAGAAAAGUGGUGCGUACUUGUUGGCCCAUUCACAAAAUAUUCAUAAUUUGUUUCAUACCAUUGAUUUUAACAAUCAUUAUAAUUGUAGGGAACAAUUCAUUGGAAUCGAGAGGAUUAUAUAUUUUCUUUGUAAUGGAAAUUUUUUGGAUAUUAGAAUUGCUUCCUCUUGCUGUAACUUCAUUUUUUCCAAUUGUAUUAUUCCCGUUGCUCGGAAUAUCGAACUCCGAUAGGAUAUCUCGCAUAUAUAUGUCGCCAUCGAGCGUCUUGUAUUUUGUAUCCUCACUGUUUGCUGCUGGAAUCGAUCAUUGUAAUUUAUACAAACGAAUAGCAUUGACUGUGUUGUUUUAUAUGAAGAUAGAUAUAUCGAGGACAAUGUUAACACUUAUGACGACAACAGCAGUUAUUUCGAUGUGGAUUAGUAAUACCGUGACUACGACCACAAUUGUACCGAUUGUCCACGCUAUUAUUGUAGAACUUGCUAGAGCUAAAAUGUUAUGUGAUGGUAAGAAAAUGAAUUAUGCUCCGAAGAAGAAAUUUAUUAAAAAGGAAGACAGAAAGAAAAACGUAGAUAUUACAGAAAUUAAUGGAAACGAUAAUAAAGAUGAAUCAGGAAUUGAGAAUAAAAGUGAAUAUAAUAGCGAAGAUAAUAAAAUCGAAUACGACGAUAAUGUUAAGGAAUCGGAUAAUAAAGCAGUUAAUGAAGAUAAUGUUUAUUUCAAUAAUGAAGAAAUAUUAAAACAAGGAGAUGAACGUGAAGAAAUCAAAGAGAUUGAACGAGAAAAUGAAAAUGUCGAAUACGAAUUAAGCGAAGAAUCGUUGUUUGCUGUAGAAAUUGAAAAAUUGGACGAAGAUCUGCAGAGAAUGCGAAAAAUACUUAUGCUAAGUAUUUCCAUUGCAGCAAUUUGUGGAGGAACAAGCACUUUAAUCGGCACUUCAACAAAUACGAUUCUUGUUGAUUAUUUAAAAUACGAAUUUCCAGAUUCAAAAGAAGUUAAUUUUCUUUCGUGGAUGUGUUAUCACGUUCCGGUUGUUUUCUUAUUCGUUUUACUUAUAUAUCUAUAUCUAUCGAAAUAUGUCUUAAAAUAUAAACGAAUUUCUAAAAAUGAAGACAUAAGGAAAAUAAUAAUUGCCAAAUAUAAAGAACUGGGUCCGAUAUCGUUUCACGAAGUUGCCGUUUUGUCAUUAUCCGUUGGAGUUGUUAUAAGUUGUGUUUCAAAAAGUCCAACGUUUAUUUCCGGUUGGCAAGAUCUGUUGAAUAGUCUUUACAGUGAAGGAAAAAGACUUGAAGUGAAUUUUGUCACUCCUGCAAUCUUCUUUUCUCUGUUUCUCUUUUUGAUUCCUGCUAAACCGAAACUGAAGAAGAGUCCUCCUUUACUUACCUGGAAAAAAGCACAAAAACACAUGAAUUGGGACGUUUUGUUUAUAUUUGGUGGCUCUUUCACUCUUGCGGAAGGCUUGAAGGAUUCGGGAGUUAUUAAGCUUUUGGGCGAUCAACUUAAGAUUCUGUCUAACUUUCCAACUGAUUUGGUCAUGAUAAUCAUCUGUUUACUAGCGAUAAUAUUCACCCAACUGAUUACAAAUGCAGCAGUGAAUACAUCUUUCUUGCCAAUUAUUAAAAGUAUAGCAAUAGCUCUUAAGGUAAAUCCGCUAUAUCUCAUGAUUCCGUUUACCAUAUCGUGUUCAUUUUCCUUUUCGUUGCCUAUGAGUACUCCAUCUAAUGUUGUUGUUUACAAUGCAUCAGGAAUAAAAACCAUCGAAAUGGCAAAGCCGGGAAUUAUUGUGACGAUAAUAUGCCUGAUAAUAGAAUUGUUAAUGGUUAUAAGUUGGGGAAAAUUUAUAUUUAAUUAUACAGCCUUUCCAGAUUGGGCUGUUAAUACGGAUUAUAGAGAUUAAUAAAGACUGUAACAUUUAAUUUAAGCAAUAAUAUUGUUAUAAAAAUUUUUGUUAAUUUGUAAAAUUAUUCAUCAAAGUAGACGUUCAUCAACUAAAUCAAAAGAGAAUUUUCAUGUUCGUAUUACUACUUAGUUAAUAAGUAAUUGAAACCAAUUAUGGCAAAAUGUUUUAUGCUAUUAAC